CAAAAGGAUUACAGGAGAAACGAGAAACAAAUCUUUGUCGAAAAUGAUACACUGCUUCAACAAAACGAAUAAUUUGAGGCUUAUUUCAAUUACUGUGUUAUGCCUUGGAUCCGCAAUAUGUUACCCAAUAAGCAAGGUAGAUCCUGGAAGCAAGCUUGAUAAAUCUGAAAAACACUUUCCCAACGGGACUGUUGUAGGAAAAUAUUCCUACACCGAUAAUGAAGGGAACCCAAUACAAGUGAAAUAUUAUGCGGACAAUAGCAGUUAUGGAGUUGAAUUAAAAAGCCUGAAAAUGGUUACCAGCACCGGAGCCCCACUGGACCAAACAUACAAGCAACCUGUCAUAGACAACUUACUGCAAAAUGCCGACGCCUCUUUAGGACUUGCCGCCGAUUUUUACAACCCGACUAACAUCAAAUACAAAAUAAACGAUCCAUUCGAAAUACUGAAGAAAGAUAACGUAAAGCAUAUUAACCAAUUUAAAGACAUUAAAACAAGCCCUGACUAUGAAAUUUACUUUCAAAAUGAGUUGAAAGCGCCAAAGAAAUGUGGAAAAGAAAAGGUUCGGGUAUACUUCGAUAAGGAUAAAAGAACUAUUCGAGAAGCUUCUUCAAAAGGAUUUGAAGAUACUGCUAAGAUUUGCAGUAGGUUUUAG